ACUUCGAACUGUAAAUAGAUUAGCACAUGGACUGGACUAGUUGGGCUUCUGAAUUUGAAACAUUUAGGAUACCAGGCUGCGAAUUCACCUUACCCGUUUGGGUAGUGAAAGUUGCUGCGCUGACCAGACCAACUGGAAAUCUACCCACUGCGUUCAUUACAAAAUAUUAAGAUGUCUGAUGAUGAUCCUUUCAGAACCCUCGCUUACAAAAAGAGUCCCAAAGUUUCAAAGAGAACCACUUUCCAGGAUGAGUUGGAGGCAGCUGUGUCUACAAGAGCAAGGAAGAAAAACAAUAAGGAACAUCAGUCUUACUCAGAUGACUUUGAGGACGAUGAUGUACUAACAGAAAUACUCAACAGACGAAAGAAAAGGUUGGAAACAUUCCGUAAAGGGAACAAGCAAGGCAAGGUUCAGGAAUUUCAGCUGUCAGAUGAAGAGGAGAAUGCCAGACCCAAGAGGGUGUCCUUCUUGAAAUCUAGGAAGACGAGCUCUCCUGUGGAUGUCGAAAAGGAUGAAACUGAAAAGACCGGUAUCCACAGUGCACUGAAUGAAUCUUCACAGUCAACUUUGUCUAGUGGAAAAUCAGAGAGUGGUCAUCAUGGCCAUUCAGUUUUGACCCCGAUGUCCGAAGGGAGCCCACAUGACCCAUUGCAGCUCUGGCAAGAUCAGUCAGAAACUUCUGUCUCUCCGAGGGGCCAAUCAGAAUCUCCCAUGGAAAAGAGAGAUCUAUCAGGAUUUUCACCCCAGUGGGGUCCGUCAGAAUCUAUCCAAUCCCAUAAACACUUUUCAUCUCGCAGUGGGAGAUCUGAUUCGUCAGCGUCAACUCUUUUCCACCCAGACAGCAGACAGGGGGACUCUUUGUCACCCCCCUUAUCUAAAGAGGGGCUGGGAGUUGUGCCUGACUCAACAGAGAGUAGUGAACAUGACAAAACACUUGCACCAGGUCCACAGAAUCCACCUCUUCCACACCCAAGAGAGCGAAGUGUGAAAGAGAAGCCCACAGCAGACAUUAGCACUGAAGAAGGGCCUCCCAAACCCAAGCCACGUCAGAAGAUGCAUCGGGCGGGCAGCCCUACCAUGGAGGAGAGGCCAGGAGCAGAGGGCCCCUCCAGCCCUACUCUCUCCUCUAAAGCUGUCUCCCAGUCUCCCACCAAGAGGGCCGGCACCUCCUCCUCUUCCUCCUCAGGGAAGAGAGGCCCAUCCAGGGGUAGUCCUCAGGUUGUAGAAAGAGAUCCCUCAGCAUCAUCGAAGCUGAGCAGGUACUCAUCUUCUGCUGGUGAUGGGAUGUCUUUACCGAAAUCUACUGAAGACUCUUCCUGCAAUAAUGGUUUGGAAGAGACAGAGGAAGUCAAAGGAGAUACAUAUUCAGUCAAUUUUGAAGAAUAUGAAGAGUCUGCAGAUCGUCCAGAUGGUGCAGUAAGCCAAUUGAGCAACACCUCAGGCAAAAUUGAUACCAUCAGGCCCUCAAGUGCCCAGCCAUCCAGCUCCAAGAAGUCUGGUAGGGUGAGCUCCCGCACAGCCAAGUCUAAAUACCUGGGGUCCCUCCAGGUCCUGGACAAGCAGCUGCCGGAGACGGACUCCCAGCCAGAGGCUACCUCCCUCCGGGCAGCUGUCUACCAGGAAUGGCUUCAGAAGAAACAGGAGAAAUUACGAGAAGAGUUGAAAGCCAAAAGGCAUGAAGAGAAACUAAAGGAGGAAAAAAAGAGAGAGGAGCAGCAGACCAAAAGAGAGGUUGCCAUGGCCUCUUUUGAAGCAUGGAAGGAGAAGAAGAGAGAAACGAUCACAAACAUGGUCAAAGAUAAACGAGGCCCUAAGAAAAAGGAAAGGGAGAUGAGUGAAAAAGAAGAGAAAAAAGAAACAGCAAAAAAGGUGUUUGAGAAAUGGAAACAAGAGCAAGAUGAGAUUUUGAAGGAGAGAAUCAGGAAACAAACUCAGACUGAAAAUAAGCUGAAGCAGAAGAAGGAAAUGGACAAAGAAGAGAGAAAGAAAGAUGCUUCUGCUGCUUUCUCCAAAUGGAGUGAGACCAAAAAGGAUGUCAUCAAAGAAAAAACUAAGACAGAAAGAAGAAAGGAGGAAGAAAAGCAAGAGGAGGAGCGAUAUGAAAAGGAGGAGAAAGACCAGCUGGCUUUGGAGAUGUAUGAGAAAUGGAUGAAAAGAAAAGAAUUCCAACUAAAACGAGAGAAGAAUGAGAAACGAAUCCAAGCCAUUCUUCAGGAUGAGCCUCGGCCUGCCUGGAGCCCCCCGAACAAAACUGUGCCUUUUGGAAAAUGACCCUUCUAAUACAACACUCAGAAUGCACAACCACCCACCACCAGCUCCUGCGCACUGUGUGCUCACGAGAGACUUCCUGGAAUUAGGACAAACCUUGUGCUUUAUGCGCCAUCUUCUUCGCUCUGUAAUAAUCAGUGAUUCCAAUUAAUCCCUAAAUGUUCGGUCUGUUGAGGUCUGAAAUAGAGCUCAUAUCCAUGAAAGCUACGUCACGUCGGCUGCUGGGAAAGCCUUAUCCUGUUUUAAUUUUUUUUUUGUUUAUUUGUUUAAUGCUUGUAAUUUCAUAGGGACUUGAUAUUUAUUGUAUAUGUUUACAAAAAAACAGCACACUAAAGAAAACCAUGACUUUUUUAAUGCAA